UUUCGUGGAAUUUUUCUUUGAAUUUUCUUCUUUAAAAUGCAUACAUUUGUGGUUGAAUCUGGUAUUGAAUUGAAAGUUGUUAUUUUGUAUGUUUUUUGGGGAUAAUUUGUGCAAUAAAACUGUGGGAUGAAUGUGGGUUUCGAACAGUAGAUUUUUCUGGGUUUUUAGGUUAUUGUGCGAUUUUAUGCGAUUCUAUGUGCGCUUUUGUGCGACGUGUCUGGAGUCUGUACAUGUGUUUUUGUGUUUUUGCGACUUUUGUGCGAUUUAUGUGCGAUCUUGUGCGAUUAAGUUGUAGACUUUCUGUGUUGGGUAUGUUAAGCGAUAUUAUGCGAUGUUGUGCGAUUUUGAGCGAUUUAUAGAAUGUGGUCAACGUCUUGAAUUUUGGCGACAUUAUGCGAUUUAUUUGCGACUUAUUGUGCGAUUUUACUGACAUCAGAAAUUUCCAAGUGUUACCCACACGACCCACACGAGACCCACUCCAAGCACAAUCCACGAACCAGAUGGCUCCAGAACUCAUUCUCCCCUUGGCUGAGCAUUUUCCUGGGCGUAUCACUUACCGAGGAAAUGGGUACUUUGCUUCUAUUAAAGCAAAGUUUGAAGCCUUUAACCUGACCGAGAGGGUGAAGGAAACUCCUUUUGGAGUUUUUUGGAAUGCGAAUGAACUGAAAUUCUCCGGGGUGAUUGUGCAUCAACUACUGUUGAGGAAAAUGAAAGUGAGUGAGGUAAAGAAUGAUGAAGUGUGGUUUUACGUGGGUAAAACCGAGGCCAGAUUUGGAAGAUCUGAGUUUGGAUUGAUUACGGGACUGAAGAUGAGCGGUGGCCCCUCGACUGAAGAAUUGAAUACACUAUGUGAGUACGAUCGGAUAUUUCGGGACUACCUCACUAAUGCCAAACGGGUCACUUUCAAAACCACUUUGGCUAGCUUUUGA